CCCCCCUUCCACCUCUCGCCGGGCCGCCCCUCGCCGCGCACGCGCACGCGCUCCCCGAGCCACCAUUCCGCCCUCCAAGAACCACCGGAGCGACGCAAGGCAGGCGGCCCAGUCGCGCGCGCGCGCGUGCGCCGGCGCAGCCAUGGCGCGUUCUUGGUCCUGCGCCCUCCGCCUCCUCUUCUUGGCGUCCCUGCUCCUCCUCUGCUCCGCCCUGCCGCCGCCGCCGCCUCCGGGACGCGGGAGCGCGACGGAGCUGACGGCCGCCGACGAGGCGGUCCUCGCCAGGAUGUGCAACCCGCGCGCCGGCCCGCGCCCGGCGUGGUGCGAGGAGCUGCACCUGAUCAAGCGGCGCGCCCUCAGGGGAGGCGCGCGGCACCGCCACCACCGCCACCACCACCGCCAGGGCGCGCCCGCGGUGCCGCUGCCCCCGCCGGGCCGCGACGAGGUCGACAUGCGCUACGGCGUCUCCAAGCGGCGCGUCCCCACGGGCCCCAACCCGCUGCACAACUGAGGACGGCCGGCGACGACGGCGGGGCCAGUUCUUGCUUUCUUGGACGGAUCACCGGCAGGCGCCCGGGUUCUUCAGCGAGGAUCGAUCGUCCUCUCUUGUUCCUGCUUUCCGCGGCGGCGCACCCCUCGACUGCGCGGCCGGAAAGGACUUACAAUGGAGGAACGAUCGAUGCCCGCGGCCAGUAACAUAGAUAUAGCAUAUGUAUAGGCCAGUUCUUCUUCUUCUUCUUCUUCCUUGGAAUUCUUGGUUCUUUCGUGUCAUUUUUGCUCUAGUCUAGUAGCAUAAUUUCGCCGUUACCCGGCUCGCGCCAUCAAUCAAUGCAAAGGAAGAAAAGCCCGCAAGUUUUUGUGCCGC